AUGUCCCAGGUAGACCCUGUCGAGCCUGUCGAGGUAGCUGUCGACUCUGGUGCUCCUAGAGGUGCUGCGUCUGGGGGUGCUGAGCCUGCGGGAGCGGGGCCUGGGGGUGCUCGCCAUGAGUGUGCGGAGCCUGGGGGUGCUGAGCCUGAGGAUGCUAAGUCUGAGGGUGCGGAGCCUGGGGGUGCUAAGCCUGAGAGUGCGGAGCCGGGGGGUGCUGAGCAUGAGCGUGCGGAGCGUAGGGGUGAUGAGCAUGGGGCUCUACACGGUGAUGAGCGUGGUUUGCUAGGCGCUGGAGCCUCCGGAGUGGUGCUGCUUGAGCCGAUGGGCCUGCCGCUAGAGGCCCUGGCGCUGGAGGUGCUACAGGCGCAAGAGCUGCUGGAGGUGCUGGAGCCGCUGGUCCCGGAGGUGCUGGAGCCGCUGGUCCCGGAGGUGCUCGUACUGGAGGUACUGGAGCUACUGGAGCUGGAGUUGGUGCUGGAGCUGGAGCUGCUGGAGGUGCUGGAGCCGCUGGUCCCGAAGCUGCUAGAGCUGGUGGUGCUGCAGGCGUUGGAGCUGGAGACCCUGGAGCUGGAGGUGCUGGCCCUGGGGGUGCUGGUACUGUCGGAGCUGGUUCUGGAGGCGCUGUGCGGCCGCGACCGUACUUCGUUCCACUGCUUUAGCAGUCUAGACUACGCCUCUAGUCUUGUUGCUCAGUUUGAGUCUGUCUGUCCUCCAUCCGUCGGGGGUGAGUGUGCUCUUCGCACAGACGUCAUUGAGGACAGGCAGGCGGACUUUGAGUGUUCUUCAGCUGCUGUACCUCAUCUCGUGUCCAUGCUGAUUGCACUUGAGGGAGACCCGGAUGCACAAGACACCCUAACCCCGCGCUCUUACGCAGAGGCGAUUGAGAAUCCCUACUCCUCUCAGUGGCACUCAGCCAUGGACGCAGAGAUAGCAUUCUGGAAGUCUACAUGCACUUACGCCGACGAGAUUCCCCCACCUGGGGCGAACAUCGUCAGUGGCAUGUGGAUUUUCAUGGUAAAGCGGCCACCGGGUUCUUCGCCUGUCUUCAAGGCGUGUUAUGUUGCACAAGUCUUCAGUCAGCGACAAGGAGUUGACUUCUUCCAGACCUUCUUCCCUACCCCCAAGAUGGCCACUCUUCAGGUACCCACUCAAGCCUCCGGUGGCCAAUCUACGGUCUCCGCCAGGCGCCGCGCGAGUGGCACGACACAGUGA